GGAGAGGCACCCAUCUGUAGUUUGGACCCCAUGUGCUUCCCAUUGCAUUGACCUCAUGUUGGAGGAUAUUGGAAAACUCCCAUGGGUCAAGAGAUGUGUAGAAAGGGCGAGAAAUGUGUGCAAAUUUGUAUAUAAUCAUUCAUGGGUGUUGGCUCUUAUGAGACAAUACACAGAGCGGAAGGAGUUAGCUCGUCCAGGAAUCACAAGAUUUGCCACAAACUUCAUCACAUUGCAGUCCAUGCUUCGCUGUAAGUGGGCCUUGAGAUGUAUGAUUGUUGGUGAGGAGUGGUCUUCCUCAUCCUAUACUGCUACCCCUCUAGGGAAAGAUAUGGCAGACUGCAUUAUUGAUGAGCAAGACUUUUGGAUCCCUUGUGAUGAGAUAGUGAAGUUUGUUAAGCCCUUGGUGGUUCUGUUGCGAGUUGCGGAUGGAGAAAAGCCUGCAAUGGGCUACAUAUAUGAGGGCAUGGAUAGGGCGAAGGAGGGCAUCAAAUCCGUCUAUGGAGGAGAUGAGAGCAAGUAUGGUCCCAUUUGGGAGAUCAUUGAUAGGAGAUGGCAUCAUCAACUUCAUAGGCCCAUCUGUGCAGCAACCUAUUAUCUGAAUCUGGCAUUCCAUUUUAGCCCUACUUUCAAGGCUGAUGUGGAGGUUCUUAAUGGUUAUACUCAAUCAUGGAGAAGAUGGCACUUGCUAGUUCUACUCAGACAGAGCUUAUUCGAGAGCUACAGUUGUUCUCAAAUGCACAAGGGGAGACCUCUCGUCCUAUCGCCAAAGAAAGUAGGACAACUAUGAUGCUAGGUAAAAAUAAAU